AUGCCCGGAGCACCAUGUUCGACGAGCCGGCACGUGCUGGGCACCUGUGGCUUUGCGGGGGUGUGGUUCCUGGCGGGUGCAGCUGUCUUUGCGCACCUCGAGCGACCGGCAGAAUUGGACCAGUUAUCAAAGUGCAAAAAUUCCCCCUCCCCAACAUAUUGAAACGGAAACUUCUGUCGCUGGAUUUGUGUACACAAAUGUCUUGCAGUCAGGCAUUGCAGGCAAAGCCUAAGCCUGUCUAGGGGUGUUUUGGUGUAGGUGCUCAGCAUAGCAGAAUCCUGCCAUGUAGCCGCAAGAGCAUUGCGAAUCGCCUGCAUAAGUCGGCGGAUUCUUUGGAUUUGCCCUCUUGCAAGAGUGACAGGAUUUGUGGGCACAAAUCAGCAGCGCAAAUUUUUAGGGGCAUGCCUUUUAUUCAGUGAGGCUGGGAGGGAAGACUUUUUCUCACAAUAUCAGUAUCAAAAGAACUACCCUCUGGAAUAAAGGUCCCCAACCCAGAGUCAAGUAGAUAGCGACUUCUACCUACUUUGCCACAUAAAGUAACAAGGUUCGGCUGUUGCGCGUGACAACUCUGGGUUCCCAGUGUAACCAUCGUGUUUCUUUCGCUAGUGCAGCCACGUCGCAAGUUCAUCACUUGAUCCUCAUUAGAGCAGGACAAAGACCCGUCAGAGAGCAUUAGAAAAUGCCUCUCAUGAGGUUGCGCAUGACUGAGAAGUCGUUUAGGCGUGCCGUUCCGCAUGACAAGAACCCUGAGCUAAAGGUGCCGGGAGAUGAUGGUGGUGGCACUUCUGUGUCCGCCUGAUCCAUCUCCCCUGCGUAUUGUUUGAGCCAUCUGCGGCAUAGAGCAAAGGGAGAGGCAAAGUUUUGCUGCGCAGCUUUUAGCAUGACAACUCUGGGGUGGCAACGUCUUUGCACGGGAUAAGAGCCGAUUUUUGUUUAAGCAAAUGGAGACCAUGUACGGCUUCGAUGGGUUAUCCAAGAAGAAAACUGCGUCAGUUGCGCAACUCUUCGGAACGUAAAAUGGACUGCAAGUACGCGGAUUCCGGUGCCAUGCUAGACAGGCACGACGCAACUGUAUUAAUUGUGGCGGUGCACCACCUACAACAGUCUGAGUGUUACUGGUUUUCUCUAUGCAACAUGCAAAAGUUCAAAUGGAAAGUUGUCCGUCUGUUCGUUUUCUCUGUGAUACCUAUGGCGGACGCAAAAACUUUUCUUCAAGAAACUUUUUUUUUUUCACCAUGUCCUCGGCUUGUGCAUGAUAGAGAGGCCUUUCAACUUUGUAAAAUGGGAUUACGAAGGGAGUAGCAAGCCCUGCCACGGCUCAUAUUAAACCACUUGCGUAAGCACUUGCGAAUUCACUACCAACAAAUGGAAAGUUGUGCGUCGGUUCGUUUUCUCUGUGAGUAAGAAGAUUUCUUCUUGGAUAUAGGUGCGACAAGGAGCCUUUUUUCAAGGAGAUGGACCUGUGCAAAAAUCAGCGCAAGUUUGAUUUGGUACUGUAUCGAAAGGAAAAAUCCCCCCUCCCCAUAUCGAAAACGAAAUUUGUGAUGCUGUAUUUGAGGUCGCAAGUCGACUUGUCAUGCUAGAAGGUCAAGAGGAAGAGCCGCACUCGUGGCCUCGUUUGCAGGCAAUUUGUCAUGCAUGUAUUCGAGAUCGUAUGAGAUAGUGAAAGAGGAUGAAGAAUUUGAAUGGACACCUGUUUGCGUAUCGUGGUUACCUGCGUUAGCGCCUCUGGUUCGAUUGACUAAAAACAAAAACUAUCUGAAGCAGAUACGUCAACAACGGGGGCAAAUGAAGGGAAGUGGUGUUGCUGCUUCUUGGCGCAUUGAUGACACACCACCCCGGAUGCCCCUGAUGACCUCAAUCCUUUCCAAAAAACAAAAAAUAGAAAGAGAAGUUUGCAUGCAAAAGUAAGGAAAGUAAAGUGAAGUAAGGGUAAGAUUAGAUUGCGCAAUUAUAUAAGAGUAAAGCGCCAAAAUUUAUCUUUUUCCCCAACGAAAAAUGGCUACACGGACGAAAAACAAGUGAGAGCUGUCAUAUGUUUAUCUGUUUGCAUGCAUUUUCUGGGUCUAAUAUCCGUCUCCUCUAUCAAGAUUUUGGAUCUAUGGAAAGCUUUCAGAUGACAGACUGCGACGACGAGUGCUCUUUACUUGUCAUGACAGCUCUCACUUCGUUUUUCAGCUACUGUUGCUCCUCGCUGAUGAUGAUGCCUGCCUUGUCUUUCCCUUUUCGGCUAGUCAGCUUGGACCUCAGAGCACAGGAGAGAAAAAGGUACAGAGGCAUAGCCGCAACGACAUGCAGAGGCAGUGGGGAUUCCACCAAGGUACUUCAUUCGCCUCUUGAGUGUUCGCUUUCCUUGCGCAGCAGGAAGGGGGGCACUCUGGCUAUGUCGUCCCGAGCGUGGAAGGAGGACGUGAAAGCGGACUACGAGGAAGAGGAGCCUCGGCUUGCUAAAACUACACUGGAUAGGGCUCCCGGUGCUGUGGUGCAAGUCUGGAAGCGCAUGCUGGAAUCGUUAAACUGCAGUGGAGGAGAAGCGGAACAGCGUCUUGACUUUCUCAAAUUCCAAUAAACAGGAGCUGAUCUACUACUCUUUUAUUACGGUUUAUAGUCGUUCUAGUAUAAAAAAAAAAAAUUUGUCAUGCUGUUUCCCACUCUCAGCUGCCUCCUAUCAUGCUGAAGAUGCAAGGCUUCCCCACGCCACCGAGCACUACAGUCCGCAUCUUUUCCCGUGUAGCUGCAUGACAAAGCUGAUUUGUGACAACAAAUCUGCAUGCAGAUUUCCGUUUUGAUAUGGGGAGGGGGGAUUUUUCCUUUCGAUAUACUGCAGGCUUUCUUCCAGCAGAAUGGAAACGAAUUGGAAGACCAGCGGAAGUGGACGUGGUUUGGGAGUCUGUUCUUCGUGAUUACCUUCGCCACCAGUGUGGGCUACGGGAAUGUGCACCCCGUGACUGACGCGGGAAAAGUUUUUACCAUGCUUUUUGGCGUCGUGUCCAUCCCGCUGAUGGGGUACCUGCUCAUCUUAUUGAGUCGUUGGUCGCUGAUGCUAUUUUUCGCGAAACAAGAAGCGGGAUCACACGAGCAGAGUUCUCGUAGCGGGGCCCACAGUCCUGCCGGUGCACCGCCGGGGUUACCCGGGCAGGAGCAGCGGGGACUCUCUGCGGCACCCGCGCUCGCAUCAAGGAGUGACCGCGAUCGGUUUUUUCGGUUUUUUGAGUUUUACUCCUCGGAAGGGCAGUCGAUGACUUACGAUGGCGCUUCUACGCUCCAACAUCCCAGUGCUCUUGCUCCGAUGCCACAGGACACUCGAGAGGCGCAGAGGCUCGCGUUUUCGUGCUUCCUGUUCGUGCUCUGUAUCAUGCACAAAAUCUCGUCUGGCAUGAUAAUGAUUGCACAUUUGUCGAGAACACCGGGUAAAGAAAAUGCUCGUGCUCCACGAGAACCGAUAUCGAGUGUUAUAAUUUGCCGCCCGGUUUAUUAGUUCGCGCUCGCCCUCACGCGACGCCAAGCCCAAGUAUACUUUUACUUAAUCUAGUGUCCGGACCGAGGUCCUCUGCACGCAACACUCGGUCUGCAAUGUUCGCAAGGCGCAACUUCUUCUAUGUCCUCUCUCAUGGUCGUGAUGCUGAAGUGGCAUAUUUAUCGGGACUUUUCUGCAUGAUUUUGCGUGCAGUGAUGGCGGCUUCCGCCUACAGUUUCCACUUCCAGAAGAAUUGGACUUGGAUUGAGGGGCUCUACUUCGCCGCCUGUACGCUGCUGACAGUCGGUUUCGGUGACUUUGCGCCGAUAUCAAAUGUAAAAAUGUCUGGGCCUGGAAGAGUCAUGCUGUUUUUGCAUGACGCAGAAGGUCUGGCAUGGAAGCUCUAGCAUCACAGGUUUCGAGAAGCGUUUGCAAUGCCGAAUCCGCAUGACAAAUCCCCCAUUUUGGUGACACAAAGUGGGCACUUUUGCUGCCUAUGCAUGAGAGAUUUUUCUGUGCUCUGAAAUGCGCAUCACAAGUUUGUAUUCUCCAGACCCAGACAUUUUUACAUUUGAUAGCCGACCACAGUUGCCAGUAAGUGCUUUACGGUUGUUUUCAUCCUUUGCGGCCUCGGCGUCACUUCGACCUUUAUCGCUCUUCUCACCAAGCGCCUGGAUCACCUCGCACGUCGCAAGGGCGGACAGCUCCGGGGAUAA